UUUUUUAAGUCCAAAACUCUCACACGACUCUCACAAGUGUAACCAACAAAUCAUAUGGUAUCAAGGAACAAAAUAUAGAUAUUAUAAUGUACUUAUGUUGUAAUGUAGGUAUUAAAUACAAUAAUGGAGCAUGGUGGAUUCCUUUUCUCUCUCUAAAAUAUUCCAGCAGCCUACUCAUCACCCAUGAUCUUGUUCAAAUGGUGUUGUAUUGUGUAGUACACAGAGAGAUAGAGAGAAAGAGUGGGUGUUGUGUUCUUGAGAUCUUCUCUUUAUAAAGGAGCUUUUUUGUGCUCUCCCAACUGACUUUCUUGCCGAAUUUACCCAGAUUUUCUCUCGACGAACACCUAUUUGUUUUUUUCUCUGCGACUUGGCAUCGUUUUCGCGCGUUUAACACUACAAUCAUCACCAGAUGGUGAAAUGCCCUUCUCACCAUUCGAUCUCUCUCGCCUAGACAUUCCUAAUCUGUACCGACUCCUCGAUAUCAAUUACUCUCAUCCUUUAAAGAUUGAUAUCGAUUAUGGGCAUGAGCCUCUUGUUCGCUGAAUUCCCUGCUCUGUUUUCAACCCAAAACAAUCUUCUGGGUGGGUUUCUGGGUUUACCCACAUUGGAACUAGCGUCAAUUUGCGUAAACUUGACAUUGUUCUUCGUGUUUCUCUUCAUUGUAUCUGCUCGACAGAUAUCGGGGUGUGUUGGUCGAAUUCGAAUCUCCAAGGACGAUUCAAAUGCUAAUUCAGUCCCAAUUCGCCGCGGCGUUGAUGGUGAAAUUCGGAUUAUCGAAAUUGGUACUGGUUUCAAAGCUUCAAUCUUCUGUUGCUUCUAUGUGUUGGUUUUGCAAGUACUGGUUUUGGGGUUUGAUGGUUUUGGUUUGAUUAAGGGUUCAAAUUGGGUCCUUGUAGUUUUGCCUGCAUCUCAGGGUUUAGCUUGGUUUGUGCUGAGCUUUUCAACCCUUCACUGUAAAUUCAAGGCCUCUGAGAAAUACCCAUUUUUGUUGAGGGUGUGGUGGGUUUUGUCUUUGCUCAUUUGUUUGUGUACUUUGUAUGUUGAUGGGAAAGAAUUUCUAAUAGAAGGUACAAAACACUUGUUGAGUUCUCAUGUUUUGGCAAACUUGGCCGCCUUGCCUGCACUUGCUUUCCUCUGUUUUGUUGCAAUUAGAGGUGUCACCGGUAUACAAGUAUGCCGGAACUCUGAUCUUCAAGAGCCAUUGCUUGUUGAAGAAGAUGCCGGGUGUCUUAAGGUUACUCCUUAUAGUGAAGCAGGGUUCUUUAGUUUGGCCACACUUUCCUGGUUGAACCCAAUUCUCUCAAUUGGUGCAAAGAGACCUCUUGAGCUGAAGGACAUUCCUCUUCUUGCACAGAAAGAUCGUUCCAAGACCAAUUAUAAGAUUUUGAAUGCAAAUUGGGAGAAAUUGAAGUCUGAAAACCCUCAGAAACAGCCUUCCUUAGCUUGGGCUAUUCUCAAGUCUUUCUGGAAAGAGGCAGCCCGCAAUGCCAUUUUUGCUGGCUUGAAUACUGUUGUUUCUUAUGUGGGUCCAUACAUGAUUAGCUACUUUGUGGAUUACUUAGGAGGAAAUGAGACUGUCCCUAAUGAAGGUUAUAUUCUUGCUGGAAUAUUCUUCUCCGCAAAGUUGGUGGAGACCUUAACAACCCGGCAGUGGUAUCUUGGGGUUGACAUUUUGGGUAUGCAUGUGAGGUCGGCUCUGACAGCAAUGGUAUAUCGGAAGGGACUCAGGCUCUCAAGCUUGGCCAGGCAAAAUCACACCAGUGGUGAGAUUGUUAACUAUAUGGCAGUUGAUGUUCAGAGAGUGGGGGACUACUCUUGGUAUCUCCAUGACAUUUGGAUGCUUCCAUUGCAAAUCAUUCUUGCCCUCGCGAUUCUGUAUAAGAAUGUUGGGAUUGCAUCUGUUGCAACCUUGAUCGCUACCGUUAUCUCCAUCGUUGUGACUAUCCCAUUGGCACGAGUUCAGGAAGAUUAUCAAGAUAAGUUAAUGGCUGCCAAAGAUGACAGGAUGAGGAAGACUUCCGAGUGUCUUAGGAACAUGAGGAUUCUCAAGCUGCAAGCUUGGGAGGAUAGGUACCGAGUGACGCUUGAGGAAAUGAGAAACGUGGAAUUUAAGUGGCUCCGGAAAGCUCUUUACUCUCAGGCGUUUAUAACAUUCAUAUUUUGGAGCUCCCCAAUUUUUGUUUCAGCGGUCACUUUUGGUACCGCCAUAUUGUUGGGUGGUGAGCUUACAGCAGGUGGUGUUCUUUCUGCUUUGGCCACUUUCAGAAUCCUUCAAGAACCGCUUAGAAAUUUUCCCGACCUGGUGUCUAUGAUGGCUCAGACAAAAGUGUCUCUUGAUCGGAUUACUGGGUUCCUUCUGGAGGAAGAGUUGCGUGGGGAUGCAACCAUUGUCAUACCACGAGGCUCCACGAAUGUGGCUAUAGAAAUUAAGGAUGGGGAAUUCUGCUGGGACCCAACUUCUCCAAAGCCAACAUUAUCGGGCAUCCAACUGAAAGUGGAGAGGGGGAUGCGCGUGGCAGUCUGUGGCAUGGUUGGUUCUGGGAAAUCGAGCUUUCUUUCUUGCAUCCUUGGUGAGAUUCCAAAAAUAUCCGGAGAAGUUAGAGUAUGUGGUUCUGCUGCUUAUGUCUCUCAAUCAGCUUGGAUACAAUCAGGAAAUAUAGAAGAAAAUGUACUCUUUGGUGGCCCAAUGGAUAAGGCCAAGUACAAGAAUGCUAUUCAUGCUUGUUCACUGAAAAAGGACAUGGAGCUUUUCUCACAUGGAGAUCAGACUAUUAUUGGUGAUAGAGGCAUAAAUCUGAGUGGUGGACAGAAGCAACGUGUGCAGCUUGCAAGGGCACUUUAUCAAGACGCAGACAUUUAUUUACUUGAUGAUCCCUUCAGUGCUGUUGACGCGCACACUGGGUCGGAAUUAUUUAAGGAAUACAUAUUGACAGCACUAGCCACAAAGACUGUGAUUUUUGUAACCCAUCAAGUUGAAUUUUUGCCAGCCGCUGAUAUGAUACUGGUUCUUAAGGAAGGCCAUAUCAUUCAGGCUGGGAAAUAUGAUGAACUGUUGCAGGCAGGAACCGAUUUUAAAGCUUUGGUUUCAGCUCACCAUGAAGCAAUUGAAUCUAUGGAUAUUCCCAAUCACUUAUCUGAAGAGUCAGAUGAAAGCAACCUUCAUGAUGGAUCUGAUGAUAUAUUGUGUAAAAAUUGCGAUGCAGUUGAAAAUAAAAGUGACAGUUUGGCGAAGGAAGUACAAGAGGGUGUAUCAACUUCAGACCUGAAAGCAGUUAGUGAGAAAAAGAAAGCAAAACGUUCAAGAAAAAAGCAACUUGUUCAAGAAGAGGAGAGGGAGAGAGGACGAGUUAACAUGAAAGUGUACCUGUCAUAUAUGGCUGCAGCCUAUAAAGGCUUACUGAUUCCACUCAUCAUUCUUGCACAAACACUGUUUCAGGUGCUUCAAAUAGCUAGUAAUUGGUGGAUGGCUUGGGCAAAUCCUCAAACUCCAGGAGAUCAACCUAGAGCAAGUAGCAUGGCCCUUCUUGUUGUUUAUAUGGCUCUUGCUUUUGGGAGUUCUUUGUUUAUAUUUGUCCGAGCUGUACUUGUAGCUACAUUUGGUCUAGCAGCUGCGCAAAAAUUGUUUCUAAAAAUGCUUAUAAGCGUGUUUAGAGCACCAAUGUCCUUCUUUGACUCCACUCCAGCAGGAAGGAUCUUGAAUCGUGUGUCCAUUGAUCAAAGUGUUGUUGAUCUUGAUAUUCCUUUUAGACUUGGUGGGUUUGCUUCAACAACAAUCCAGCUUCUUGGUAUAGUUGGUGUAAUGACAGAAGUUACCUGGCAAAUCUUGCUCCUUGUUGUUCCAAUGGCCAUUGCUUGCUUGUGGAUGCAGGUGAUUAAUAGUCUUCUGCCUUUAUUCUAUGCAAUUUCUGAUCAAGUGUGUUUUUCCCAUGUAGGCAUGGCAGGCCUGGCUGUGACAUAUGGCCUUAAUUUGAAUACACGGUUAUCACGAUGGAUACUUAGCUUUUGCAAGCUUGAAAAUAAAAUUAUUUCCAUAGAAAGGAUUUAUCAGUACUGCCAAAUCCCUAGUGAGGCUCCACCAAUAAUUGAGGAUUCUCGUCCACCAUCGUCGUGGCCUGAGAGUGGAACAAUUGAAUUGAUUGAUUUAAAGGUUCGUUACAAGGAGAAUCUUCCUACAGUGCUUCAUGGGGUAAGCUGCACAUUUCCUGGUGGGAAGAAGAUUGGAAUUGUUGGGCGCACUGGAAGUGGUAAAUCUACUUUGAUCCAGGCAUUGUUCAGAUUGAUUGAACCAGCAGGUGGCAGAAUUAUUAUAGACGGCAUUGAUAUUUCAACAAUUGGUCUUCAUGACCUUCGUAGCCGUCUGAGUAUCAUACCCCAAGAUCCAACCUUAUUUGAAGGGACGAUUAGGGGCAACCUUGAUCCCCUUGAGGAGCUCUCAGAUGAAGAAAUUUGGCAGGCACUUGACAAGUGUCAGCUCAGGGAGAUAGUUAGGCAGAAAGAGCAAAAGCUUGACACACCAGUCCUAGAGAAUGGAGAUAACUGGAGUGUUGGACAGCGGCAACUUGUUUCUCUAGGCCGGGCUUUGCUAAAACAGGCAAGAAUUUUGGUUCUUGAUGAAGCAACAGCUUCAGUUGAUUCAGCCACAGAUAACCUUAUUCAGAAGAUUAUCCGAACAGAGUUUAGGGACUGCACUGUGUGCACUAUAGCUCAUCGUAUACCAACUGUUAUCGACAGCGAUCUGGUUCUGGUCCUCAGUGAUGGUCGAGUUGCAGAGUUUGACACUCCAGCUCGAUUAUUAGAGGACAAGUCUUCCAUGUUUCUCAAGUUGGUGUCGGAGUACUCGUCUAGAUCAAGUGGUAUGCCGGAUUUCUGACUAAGAUGUCAUGAAGCGGAGCACCAUCCCGGAAAAGAAACGGACCAGCGGCUGCGGUCGCAUCAGUCAGCAAAUGGAAAGAACGCAGGAGAGGUAUGCAGCACGCUAUCAGAUCAAAACCCUGUAAGAAGGAAAUAGGGUUUCAUGUACUGGCAUACUCUACUCUUGAGCAAAAAAAUAAGUUGGGCCAGCUGAGGUAUAAUAUUAAUAGCUACACCAAGCUGGAAUGGGGGCUGUGAUUCUGUAAAUGACAAUGUGCAAUAAAAGCAGGGUUUUUGCGUUGCAGUAGCUAGGUUUUAAUGUUAUUUAGCUUCUUGUAGACAGUUAGACACCGUACAUGUUUAUCUAUCUACUGUUUUUCCACUAGUUGAAAAUGCAAGUUUUGGUCUCUUCGUUGUCGCUGA